GGCUACGGCACCCCCCACACGAGGGCUCCCCCAUCUCCCCCCGACAUCAGUCCGUCCCGCUUCCAGCUGCCGCAGCCGCGCCUUCACCACCUCGGCCUCCAGCCGCCCCCUGCUCCGGUCCGGCAUGGCGACCCCGACCCAGGCCCCCACAAAGGUUCCUCAGGAACCUGACCCAUUUUACUAUGACUAUGACACGGUGCAGACUGUGGGCAUGACUCUGGCCACCAUAUUGUUCCUGCUAGGCAUCCUCAUCAUUAUCAGCAAGAAGGUGAAGUGCAGGAAGGCGGACUCCAGGUCUGAGAGCCCAACAUGCAAAUCCUGUAAGUCGGAGCUUCCUUCCUCAGCCCCUGGAGGUGGCGGUGUGUAAAACCAGCCCUGGGCACCUCCACUGCCGUUUCUGCCUGAGUGCGGAAGCCUGAGGACCGGGUGGAGGCGGCGGGGACCCCAGCCUUGCGCCGGGGAGCGCUCCCCCGAAUGAGCCGCCCCACCCACCCGAGGCUGGAGCCGCUGCACCCCGCUGCCCCUCCCCAGGUCUUGGCAAUGACGAUCCCCCAAAGAGCCCGUCUGCAUCCCAGAUCCAGGGACUCAGGCCUCCAGCUCCUGGGGUCCGGGAGUCCAGCCGCAGCCCCCCAGAAUCCCCAUGUACUGCUCCCCUGCACCUCCUCGUCUCCCCUCCGAAGAUCCGAUCCGUUUCCCUGCACCCUCGGUGUCUAUGUCUUGAGCUUAAUAAAUGUGCAUUUGGGUUUUUCCCCCGUUC